AUGCCCCGUCGACGUUCCAAUCGUCUCCAACGCCCCUAUCGUCCCUAUCGUCCCCCACAAGGCUUGCAGCCGAACAUGCCAAGGGCGCCCGAUGAAUAUCUAAGGGACGUACAAUGCAUACUUUGUGGGGACAUCUUAUACGACAACAGGGGCGUGUGGCGUGCCCACUAUCGAGCCCUCUAUCAGGCCGCUGGCUCCGUCGAAUUGAGUGGUAUCGGUUACAAAUCUGGUUGGAUCCCUCUCAAGGUCCCCACAGACCCCGACAAGAGAUGGGACACCAUGGGGGACGAUUUCUGCACGCUCCCUAUCGAGCUAAUCGAGUUACUUGGGGGCUAUCUUUCUACGCAGGAUUACCUCAACAGCCGUCUUGCAUCCCGGUCUAUGGGCGUGCUCUUUCAUAAACAAAGAUUCUGGAAAACAAAAUUCGAUAUCAAUGGGGAACGUGGAUUCUUGAACUAUCUCGUCAAGGAGCAUCAGAAUCUGGAUUUCGAUUGGCGACUGCUAUAUCACAGCACGUGUAGACUGCGAUGCAGUCGAUUGUUCGACAUAACGAUCCGACUUUGGGAGAUCAACCGAUGGAUAAGAGAGGCAUUAAUCUGCAAGUCCAGAGGCACAUUCGCAUCAUUUAUGGACUUUGGCGGACGUGCAUUGCAGUACUAUCAUAAUACGAUGUGGCCGGAGACCAAGUAUCGACAAACCGUCAGGAUCCCACCAGAUCUUAUUAAAAUUGGGGUUUCGGCAUUUAUAGAGCUCGGCGAGUCAGAGGUUACCAUCCGAGGCCUUGAGUUGAUUCGAGCCAGCGGGCCGAGCAUUCUUCUUGGGGAAAAGAUUCCCGGAUCGUUGGUGUUUGUAGAAGAAGUAGACGACCACGGUGGUGGCCGACCCGAUUGGGAUGAGGAUAAUCGCACUAGCUACUGCUUCCCGGGAAUUGAGGUGAUAUUAGAUGCGCAAACGCUACAGGGUUUCAUGAUCACCAACACCGUGAAUGGGCGACUUACCCAUUUACAAUUGAUCCGACAAAAUGGUUUCUCAAAACCUAUUGGUAUCUGUUAUCUCAAUGGCGCCAGUUAUGUAUUCCAAAUGGAUGAUAUUGUCAACUUGGUUGUGGAGUUUGAUAUGAGCAGUAAUUUGAGACAAUUGGGCAUUCAAGGCUUUGGAAGUAAUCAAAAGGCAGAAGAAUGGGAGAGGGAUGGCUAUUACAAAAUCACGCGUGAUGAUGAUGAUGAUGAUGAUGAUGAAUGA